AUGGCGGCCAAAUCCCGCUUUACGCGGUUAGAUGCGUUUGCGAAAACGGUGGAAGAUGCGAGAAUACGGACGCGGUCGGGAGGUGUUGUCACCAUCGUUGCGUUGAUCGCCGUCAUUCUUUUGGUUUGGGGGGAAUGGAAAGACUAUAGACGGGUUGUUGUGCUUUCGGAGCUAAUUGUUGACAAGGGAAGAGGAGAAAGAAUGGAGAUUCACCUCAAUAUAACCUUUCCUCACCUCCCCUGCGAGCUCCUCACUCUCGACGUCAUGGAUGUUUCUGGCGAACAACAAAGUGGUCUCAUUCAUGGCAUCAAGAAAGUCCGGCUCGGCCCAGCAUCAGAAGGUGGGCAUGUUCUUGACGCCCAAACAUUGGACCUUCACAAGAAAGAUGAGGUUGCAGUGCAUCUAGAUCCAGAGUACUGCGGUUCCUGCUACGAUGGUGUGCCCCCGCCAAAUGCCCAAAAGCAGGGCUGCUGCAACACCUGUGACGAAGUCCGAGAAGCUUAUGCCUCGCGCGGCUGGGCUUUUGGUAGAGGUGAAGGCGUUGCCCAGUGCGAGCGGGAAGGCUACGGAGCAAGAAUCGACGCACAAAGACACGAAGGCUGCCGUCUCGAAGGAAUCCUUCGAGUCAAUAAAGUCAUUGGGAAUUUCCACAUUGCUCCCGGGCGGAGCUUCACAAACGGCUAUAUGCACGCCCAUGACUUGAAAAUCUACCAUGAGACCCCCGUCAAGCACACAAUGGCUCACAUAAUUCAUCAGCUCCGCUUCGGACCCCAAUUACCGGACGAAUUGUCUCAAAAAUGGAAAUGGACAGACCAUCACCACACCAACCCGCUCGACUCCACUUCACAAACCACUGAAGAUCCUAAGUACAAUUUUAUGUACUUUGUCAAAGUGGUCUCAACCUCCUACCUGCCCCUUGGCUGGGAUGCUUCUCUCUCCUCCGAAGUCCACUCCCGCCUCGCGUCUGAUGCGCCACUCGGCAAGCAAGGAAUCCAACUCGGGCGACAUGGCAGCAUCGAGACACAUCAGUACUCCGUAACGUCGCACAAGCGUUCCGUCGAAGGUGGCGAUGACUCUGCUGAAGGCCACAAGGAACGUAUCCACACCGCCGGAGGAAUCCCUGGUGUAUUCUUCAACUACGACAUCUCUCCUAUGAAAGUGAUCAACCGCGAAGCAAGAACAAAGAGUUUCUCCGGAUUCCUGACCGGUGUGUGCGCGGUCAUUGGCGGGACUUUGACUGUGGCGGCGGCUAUUGAUAGAAUGCUCUACGAAGGAGCGGUGCGGGUGAAGAAACUUCACAAGAGUUGA